AUGAAACUUGUAAUAUUCUUGUCGCUCUCACUGUUCGCAGCUUCUCAAUCUCCAGAAUCCACCAAUACCUCUCUCUCUACAGCUGCUACUCAUCGAUUGUUCAACGAAUCUGUGGUCGCCGUCAAUGAUCUUGCUCAGAACCUCACGCGUAUGUUUGGUCUGAACAAUCUGACCGAUGUGAGUGAUGUGGACAACUCGACCGAUCAUGUUUUUGCUAAUCUGACGCGUUUGGUCACUUCAAGUGAUCUGGACAACUCGACUGGUAUUGUUAGUGAAGUGAUGGUUAACUCAACGGAUUUGGCUGGGAAUUUGACUGCUGAUGAUAACUUACUUCAUUGGCUUCAAGAGAACCUUAUCCAGGAGGUGGACCAGAUCCAGAACACGACCAAGGUGCUGAUGAACGAAAGCAAGACGUAUUGGGACGAGGUCAUGGUAAGAUUAUAUUGUUGUAGAUGUUUUUGGCUAUUUUUAGAUUAGAAAAGGUAAAAUCAGUGUUUUGUAUUAACUUUUGACGUAUUUAUAAGCUGUUAGUUCUAUUUUUGGAUAAAAACUAAAAGUUUAAAACCUGUUACCUUGACAUUGUUUUAGUCGACUCCAUGUGUCCAAAACGGAGAAGUUUUGAUCGCUGCUGCUGUCGGCUUCCUUGUUGGUGCCAUUCUGUCGCCGAUCAUGUUCUACUGCUGCUUUAAGAUGCGUAACAACAGCUAUCAGGUACAGAACCGUCGUCGUUACUCCCCCACCACAAAUCGGAAGACCAAUAUCACUGACUUGGCCCAUCUGAUGGACCGAGACCAGGACUCGGAGAUGGAAGUGUUGUAA